AGAAGCUGAAAGACGUUGCUAACUAGGGACCUAGUGAAGAGUUUAUAAAGCUGGAGGAGGGGCAAGUCUAUUCAGGUUGGGUGUGCAGCAGUGGGGAAGAGAGAGCCAGAGAGAGAGAGAGAUUUUUCUUUCUCUGUGUAGUUGCUUUUGGAGAAGGUGAUGGUAACAGGGGUCACAGUAACUUCAUUUUUCCCCUCAGCCGAGACUGCUGUCUAAAAUUGGACUUUUCAGCAAUCCGGUGGGGUCUCUGCACGCCCUCUCCCUUCUGGAAUCUCUCCUGAAAGUGGCCUCGCUGACUUGCUGGAAAUAUCUUGGAAGUUGCGAGGUGGGGGGGGGCCCAGGUGGGAACUUGGACGUCCGUUCUGUUCCAAAGACCUGUUUCCUUUUUUGUUUUUCUGCUGAGCCCAUUCUUAGGAGCUAAGGAGAAGAGCGACACGGCAGCCUUCUGCGUUGAUUUCUGCCUUCUCAUCUCCCCCCUUUGCAUCGCUUAAUUGAGACGGUAUACAAAUGCUCUCAGUCCAGCCAGACACGAAGCCGAAAGGUUGUGCUGGCUGCAACCGGAAAAUCAAGGACCGCUACCUUCUCAAAGCCUUGGACAAAUACUGGCAUGAGGAUUGCCUGAAGUGCGCCUGCUGCGACUGCCGUCUGGGAGAAGUGGGAUCCACUCUCUACACCAAAGCCAACCUCAUCCUGUGUCGCAGAGACUACCUCAGGUUAUUUGGCGUGACGGGGAACUGCGCAGCCUGUAGCAAGCUGAUCCCGGCCUUCGAGAUGGUGAUGAGAGCCAAGGAUAACGUCUACCAUUUGGACUGCUUCGCCUGCCAGCUGUGCAAUCAGAGAUUUUGCGUGGGAGACAAAUUUUUCCUCAAGAACAAUAUGAUCCUUUGCCAGACAGACUAUGAGGAAGGGUUAAUGAAAGAAGGCUACGGGCCUCAAGUGCGUUGAAUCCCGGAGACACCCGGACGACGAAACUCUCCAUCUUUUUAUCUCUCUUCGCUCCACAUGUACAUAGGAAUUGACCCUGGUAACCACCACAUAGCAUAGCUCUAGAAGGCCGUAUGGUCAAAGAAAAUGAGAGACGAAAGGCGUCAAUAUGUAGUCAGUUCCAUCCAGUUCCGACUUGAAUGUUUAUUAUGAAAAAAAAACCCGAAAAGGUAAUGUACAUAUUGCUGUAUUUUUUUGCUUGCCCUUUGUUUUGGUUUCUUUGGUGUGUCACUCGCAUGAGAUGUUUAUUUUGGACUAUUGUACAUACUAUGUAUUGUAAUAUCUGAAGCACAAAUGUAAUACAGUUUUAUUGUGUUA